AUGUAUUUAACUAUUAUAUCUUUACCUUUAUUAGGAUCUAUAGUUUCCGGUUUUUUUGGUAGAAAAGUUGGAGUACACGGAGCACAAAUUAUAACCUGUACAAGUAUAAUAAUUACUACUAUCUUAGCAAUCGUAGCUUUUUUUGAAGUAGGUUUUAAUAAUAUUGUUUUAUCUAUUAAUUUAUUCAGAUGAAUAGAUAGUGAAUGAUUCAAUAUUAUAUGAGGAUUUCAAUUUGAUAGUUUAACUGUAUCUAUGUUAAUUCCUGUAUUAAUUAUUAGUUCUUUAGUUCAUCUUUAUUCUAUAGGUUAUAUGAAUGGAGAUCCCCAUAACCAAAGAUUUUUUAGUUAUUUAAGUCUAUUUACAUUUAUGAUGAUUAUAUUAGUAACAGCUAAUAAUUAUUUAUUAAUGUUUGUAGGAUGAGAAGGUGUUGGAGUCUGUUCUUAUCUUUUAGUAAGUUUCUGAUUUACUAGAAUAGCUGCAAAUCAAAGUUCUAUGUCUGCUUUUUUAACUAAUAGAGUAGGUGAUUGUUUUUUAACAAUAGGAAUGUUUGCAAUAUUAUGAUCUUUAGGUAAUUUAGAUUAUAGUACUGUAUUUUCAUUAGCACCUUAUGUUAAUGAAAAUAUUAUAAUAAUAAUAGGAAUAUGUUUAUUAAUAGGUGCUAUGGCCAAAAGUUCUCAAGUGGGUCUUCAUGUUUGAUUACCAAUGGCUAUGGAGGGUCCUACUCCUGUUUCAGCUUUAAUUCAUGCAGCCACAAUGGUUACUGCUGGAGUUUACUUAUUAAUGCGUUCCUCUCCAUUAAUAGAAUAUAGUUCAACUAUACUAUUAUUAUGCUUAUGAUUAGGAGCUAUAACUACUGUAUUUAGUUCUCUUGUAGGUUUUUUCCAACAAGAUAUAAAAAAAGUUAUUGCUUAUUCAACUAUGUCUCAAUUAGGUAUGAUGGUUAUAGCUGUAGGUUUAUCUUCCUAUAAUCUUGCAUUAUUCCAUCUGGUUAAUCAUGCCUUUUAUAAAGGAUUAUUAUUCUUAGGUGCAGGAGCAGUUAUACACGCAAUGGCUGACAAUCAAGAUUUUAGAAAAUAUGGAGGAUUAAUAUCCUUUUUACCUUUAAGUUAUUCUGUUAUAUUAAUAGCAAGUUUAAGUUUAGUAGCUUUCCCUUUUAUGACUGGAUUUUAUAGUAAAGAUUUCAUAUUAGAAUCUGCGUAUGGACAAUAUUGUUUUAGUAGUAUUACUGUUUAUAUUAUAGCUGUAAUAGGUGCUAUAUUUACUACUUUAUAUUCAGUUAAAGUUCUUUAUUUAACUUUCUUAACUAAUCCUAAUGGACCUUUAAUAAAUUAUAAUCAUGCUCAUGAGAGUGAUAUAUUUAUGAGUUUACCUUUAGUUAUAUUAGCUAUAUUUUCUAUAUUUUUUGGAUUUAUAACUAAAGAUAUUUUUAUUGGUUUAGGUUCAGGAUUUUUUUUAGAUAAUAGUAUAUUUAUUCAUCCUAAUUCUGAAAUAAUGAUAAAUACAGAAUUUGGUGUUUCUACUUAUUGAAAAUUAUUACCUUUUGUUUUUACUGUUUCUUUUAGUAUUAUAGCUAUAAUAUUAUCUGAAUUCUUAUCUGAACUUGUAGUUAAUUUCAAGUUAUCUAUAAUUGGUAAAACUAUCUUUGGAUUUUUUAAUCAAAGAUUCUUAGUUGAAUUCUUUUACAAUAAAUAUAUUACAAAUUUAGUUUUAAAUUUAGGAGGACAAACUGUUAAAAUAUUAGAUAAAGGAAGUAUAGAAUUAUUAGGACCAUAUGGACUAGAAACAGGUUUAAUUAAAGUAAGUAAAAAUAUAUCUUAUUUAAAUCAAGGAAUAGUAACUAAUUAUGCUUUAUUUAUUCUAGUUGGAUUUAUUACUUAUAAUAUAGUUACAUUAUUUGUAGGAAACAUUUCAAUUUUAAUAACAUUAAUUUUAUUAUUAAUAUUACUUUUACCUCUUAAUUUUAUUAAUUCUAAUAAUUAA